AUGAACUGCUUUCCAAAGUGGGACAAGAAGAAAAAGCGAAAGGACGAGAAGACUUCGUAUUGCGAGGAGCCAGCAAAGAAAAACGGCGGCGGGAAGGGGGACAUGGAGAAUGCAAUUAGCGUGCAUAUUCCUUUUGAAAAUAAUGAAUUGAAAAAUGAAUGCGCCAUAGGAGAAGUCACAGAGUUGCCAUUAAGUGAUAUUAUCACGCUGAGCCGUGAAUUCCGUGGGUUGCUCCGCGAAUGUUCCGACUUCCAGUCUAAAAAGCACCUUGUUACCACGCUGAAGUCCCUUGCCUCGGAGAUCAUGCAGAAGAAUUUUUCCGCGAAUAGUGUCGAUUCUGCAAUUGGAGAGUUGGUGUUUGUACAAAAUUUGUUGAGCAAAAUACCACCAGUACGGAUGCGAUUGGCUCUCGCCGUUUUGCGUUUCUGUGGGGUUGUGGAAUUGGAGAUGGAGAACGAGGAAUUAAUGCGGAGUACAGGGUUUUUGGAGGCACUCCGUGGUCGAGGGGCCACCCAGGAGUCUCAGCCACCCCCGACAGUUGGCAAUUCAGAGUUAAUAAAUCCGAUUUCUCCCACUGCCGGCCUUAAUGUGGCAAAAAUAUAUCAUCAGCUGAUCACGAAGAAUGAGUUGCCUACAGUGGAAGAGAUGUCUGAACUUAUCUCUCGUGCCACCCGAUUGCUUAGGGAAGAAAGUAACAUCGUGACAAUAUCUAUACCAUGUAUUGUGGUUGGCGAUAUACACGGACAGUGGCGGGACCUUGUCGAUAGCAUUAUUGCUGCCGGAGGUUCACUGGACGUUGGCAAUCACACCUCUACACACCCCGAAGAAGAUGAUAUGGAAGUAGUUGGAAGACGAAACUACUUGUUUCUGGGCGAUUAUGUCGAUCGUGGUCCACACAGUCUUCACUGUUUAGCGCUUCUUUUUGCCUCCAAACUGUUGGCACCGGACCGUGUUUUUCUUAUACGUGGCAACCAUGAAAGCAGUGAGACAAAUAGAAAAUACGGCUUUCUGCAAGAGUGCCUGGAUCAAUACCCUUUACCCUCCGGCAGCAAUAGGGGUGAUGAGGAACCAGUUGACAUUGGGUGGGGUCUACCAGAGCAUCCUCUGUGGAUCUUAGCAAAUGAAGCCUUUAUUAGUUUGCCGCUCUGUGCAAUUGUGACCGGCCCUAACUCCGUUCGAGUUCAGGAGAUGGAUUCUUUGCGUGGGAGUGGUAAAGAAAGAGUUGCGAUCUGCGCCAUGCAUGGUGGCCUUUCACCCUUCAUAUCAAAUAGUUUAGAUGGUAUUCUGGCGAUUGACCGAUUCCAUGAAAUUGAAGACGGACCUCUUGCCGAUCUUACAUGGGCCGAUCCCAUCGUCACGGUGCCCUCCGAUGUAUCUUUGGAAAAGAACGGCGAGAAUGGCAGUUCAAAGUCAGAGAGGCAGGCUCAGAGGUUAGUGCGUCACCGUGUGGCCUUUAACUACGAUGCCCCUGUUCCAGAUCCAUCCUCAACGAAAGGGUACAUCUUCAGUUCGCGGGGUCGAGGGCAUAACUUUGGAGAAGACGUGACCCUGCGGUUCCUGAAGGAGAAUGGACUGAGCUUCAUUAUUCGAGCACACCAGUGUGUUUGGGAGGGGUAUCAAUGGCAGCACCAAAAUCGUCUUUUGACAGUAUUCUCUGCCCCUAAUUACUGUGGUUUGGGAAACAAGGGGGCCAUUCUCAUUAUACACGCGAGUGGAGAACCAGAACUCGUGCAGUUUGAAGCGGUGGGCAGCGAGGUUUCUCCAGCUAAUAUACCAGAGCCUUCGCCCCCAAAGACGUUUUAG